AAGGCAGUGCUACAGUAAUUGUGGCGGCGGUCAACAGUCAACAUGAACAGAACAGCGCGCAGACAAUGGAUCAAAUCUUUACUCCCACCUCCAGCUUUGCUCCGCUGAAAGAGCUCAGUCAUGCCUCUUUUUGCGUUUAGAUCCAGGCAUGGAAAACAGAAGGAGACAAACUUCCUCGACGCUCCUCCUGAAUGGGCUCCUGCACCGGAAACGUCUCAUACUCUGGGCUUGUAUAAUGAGGCAACAGACGAUGAAUACGAGUCUGCAGAGAGAUUUUGUGAACACUAUCCUGUUGAUCAGCCCAAAUUACUGCCUUCGGACAUCGUAGAACGGAUUGAAUCCGAAGGUUGCAAAGCUUGGAAACUCGAAUGGCCACGGUCUCCUCGAUUUGUGGGACACGUUGAAGAUACUGGCGAAAAGGGUGGGAACAGUGCAGUAUCGGUUAUGAGCAAGAAGGAAUGUCGCGAUACUUGCCUUUUCAGUGAUCUGCCGAUUCUGGCAGGUCUGUAUGAUAUACAGGGCAAAUCUGGCGUGUACUAUGAGGUCGUAGUUCACAAAAUGGAAGGGAUUAUCGCAAUUGGCACUGCGUGUCGGCCUUACCCCGAAUGGAGAUUCCCUGGCUGGAACAGAUUGAGUGCCGGUUUACAUCUCGACGAUAUGCGGAAGUUCUUUGAAGAUCCAGAUGGCGGUCGGGAUUAUAGCCCGCUACUCAACCAUAUCUCACCGGGUGAUACAAUCGGAUGUGGUUACGAUUUCGCGCGAAGUUGCAUAUUCUAUACCCACAAUGGGCAACGGUUAUCCGAUGCGUUCACAGGGAUAUAUGUACCUCGCACCUCUUACGAUGUCUAUGCAGCCAUCGGUGUAGAAGGCAACUGCAAAUUUGAUGUCAAUUUUGGCGGAGAACUGUUUAGGUGGAAGGAAGGGAAUGAGUGGAGUUGGAGAGUCGAAGGACAUGUGGGACGUCUUUCUGGUGGAUCCGGAAUUGGAGGAGACGAAUUACCAACAUAUGAUGAGGUUCGCAGGAGAUAGAGUCAUGGAUACACGUUAUGAAUGAUCUCUAUAUAUACCCUUAUCAUAGCUAACAAGGAUCCGUAUAUCGACUCGAAACUAAACUGCAACUGAGUUAUCAAAGAAAACUCUACUAUGUAUAUCUAGGUGGAUUUUGUAAGUUGCGUAUCCAGCCGUGACAGGGCUGUAGCCUGAUGC